CCACGUGGAAGAUGGACGUCGAGCAGCUGGUCACUGACCUGUCGGCGUGUGGCAGGUUCCAGGUCCUGUUGACGGCCAUCACCUACCUGGUGAAAACCGCAGGAUCCUGGGCUAUGAUGAUGAUGGCCUUUGGAAGCUUCCACCCGGGCUGGACAUGCACAGAUCUGGAGACAAUGGAUGGAAACAAAUCCCAAAAUCUGUCUUCAUUCCUAUGGUCGAGACCUCUGCAAAGCCAUUAUGAUCUGUCCGGAGUUUCAUUGAACGCUAGUUUGAACGGCAACGUUUCAUCUUUUUCCCUCACCCCUGGACCAGGAGCCAGAGGUGACUUGACCCUAGGAAGGGCGAACUUCACCCAAGACACUUGUACGGAGCUUUCAGGAUGUAGAAAUGUCACAAUCAAUUCGGAUUCUCAAACUGUAGCGACAGAGUGGAGCCUUGUUUGUGAUCGAGCUUGGAUCUUGUCUUUCAUUAUCUCUAUACAAAUGUCUGGCGUGGCUAUAGGGAGCUACUUCUGCGGGUAUUUCGGCGACAGGUACGGCCGUAAGUUGAGCAUGUACAGCUCUCUGGCUUUGGGCGUGAUUUCCAACACCGUUGUCUACUUCACAACGUCCUGGGAGAUGUUCACUGUUGUCCGUUUUUUCAUUGGCCUCAGUGUGGGAGGUAAUCUGGCCUUAUCCCAGAUAUACCCCAUGGAGUUUGUCAUGCCAAAGUGGCGUCCUGUCGUGUCUGGGUUUCCCUCCUGGCAUGUGGGCACCUUGUUGUUUGGCGUGUGUGUCAUGCUGUUGAGGGACUGGCGUCUCGUACAACUGGCCACAGCGGCUCUCUCGCUACUGGCCUUACUCACAGCUGUUUGGGUGCCAGACAGCGUGCGCUGGCUACUCGUGCAUGGGAGAGUGCGAAAAGCCGAGAGAGUGGUCACCCAAAUCUGCCGUUUUAAUGGAAUGGAGGUCCCUGAUACACAGGUCAGUUUGAUUAAUAUCACAGAAGGUUCUAACCAUAGACAAGAGAAAUCUGCCAAGUUCAGUUUCUUUCAACUCUUCCAUGCUUCUCUGCGCAAAAGAACCUUGCUAGUGACACUGACAUUCUUUUUAACAAGUGCAAUGUUUUAUACUUUAAGCUUUGGUGUCCAGUCUCUUUAUGGCGAUUUUUAUUUGAACUUCAUUCUGUACUCAUUAUUUCCAAUCCCGCUAUCGUUUUUAGUACCGGUACUGGGAAACAAACUAGGACGACAGAGGGCUCUGCUAAUAUUUUUUAUUCUAGUAUUUCUUGGUUUUGUUUCUAUCGUUGUCAUUUUUUUCACAACAUCAGGGUCUUUACGAGGAAUCACAAUAACUUGUUUAGCCUUGUUCACCGCUAACUGGCUCCAACAAACUCUUUCAUUGCUAAAUACAUUUGCCGUGGAACUGUUCCCAACUGUGGUAAGGAACCUCGCCUUUGGGUUUGCAAUGACUGGAGCAAGACUCGGCAGUGUCAUUGCCCCUUACGUCAUACCACGUGACUUUGACUCCAUGUACGUGUCUUACCUAAUUAUGAGUGCCAUGGCACUCGUCUGUUGCGUCGCUGUGUGGGCUUUGCCUGAGACAAAAGGGACUGCAAUGGAAGAUAUAAUUCAGGACAAGAAUGAAAAAACUUCCAAGGCAGAGAAACAAGUCAACAGCAAUGCCGAUUAACGUCAUUUAUUUUUAUUUACAGUAAAUGCUCCUCUGGUUGCCUGUACAAGUCUUUCUUCUUCGCUGCCUGCCCUGAGCUACAGUAUUAUUCACAGAAAAAACAUACAUAAUAUGGGAAAGGCAGCUCAUUGAUUUUCAAAGAAAACGAUCCUCCUUCUUGUAAUAAAAAGUAAAAGCUUCUUUUCGAGGUAGUUAUACCAAUCUGAGAAGCCAGUUU